UUUAGUCAGAAGACGUAUCCAAUACUGUAAGAUCUAUGCCUCUACCGGUCAGUGUGACCAAUGGAGAGCCAUGAAACUCGCGGUCGUGUUUAUUCGUUUGGAAUGUGAUAUUACGCGUGACAUGUUAUUACGCACCGUUUCUCAAAUGCCAUUCUUGGGAUAUAGUCACACGAGAUACGGGUGAUCGUUUAACGAUCUAACAUAAUCGGCAGUCAGAGCGAAAGGUGGACUAUGCAUGACGCAUGUGUGUAAAUAUGUAUCAAACUUCACAGCAUUUGACAGGACGGUGAUAUUUGUGAAAAAUGGCAGAUGUCAGAUUGCUUAUCCAAGAGGAGGGUCGUGCAGCCAGGAAUUUGGUAGCUUUUAACGUACCUGUUGGCACAAACAAUAUGGAGAAAAUUACAAAGAAGCCACCUAGUAUACCGAGGCAAACACAAUCAGGUUUGCCGACAAAACGAUCUAUGAAACCAACAACUACGAGAGUAAGAUCUGCUUCCACAGGUCGUGAUAAAAAGUCUGAAUUACAGGCACGAUAUUGGGCAUUUCUAUUUGGAAAUUUACAAAGAGCGGUUGAUGGUAUCUAUCAGACAUGUGAAGAGGAUGAAAAUAUUUCUGAAUGCAAAGAAGUUAUUUUAGUGCUGGAGAAUUACACUCGUGACUUUCAUAAUCUGAUAGAGUGGUUUAAAGUUAAAUGGGCUUACGAGAGUUCACCACCGCCAUUACGACGUACUCCAUUGGCUUGGGAAGUUAGAAAAACAUCACCUUGUCGAAUAUGGAAUUCAACUAUAAUUUCAAAAUCCACUAGUCCUCUGCAGGGAGCAAGUCCGACAGAGUCAGUCUGUAAAAGUCCAGUUGAUCUAAUGAUAUGUGAAAGUAAACCGAUUACAACAGACAAUAAAGGUAAUCAUGUGAAAGAAGAGUUUGUUCAUAAAUUAUUGAAAGAUAAUAAGAACAACGUUUGCAAGAAUUGUUCUUCUGAUUUUAAAGAGAAGCGUAAAAGUGGAAUGAACAAGGCAGGAAAUCAAACAGCGAAUAAGGGAAAGUUUACAUCAACGAAAGCACCCAAUAAAGUUUUUGUGAAGCAAACAGUGCAAUCUAAAACAAAUAGUUUUAUGGAUCGCAGGAUAUUAAGUGACAGUGUAACGUCACUUGAUUUUAAGAAUAAGACAGAUGUUAAAAAUACUUCGAAACAAACAAAAGACUGUUUACAUGGCAACUGCGUAAGACUAGUUGAUUCUAAUUUAUCUGACGAUAAACGAGAACAAACAUAUAGAAAUGAUACAAAUGUUCAGUUGAGUUCGUGCACUAAUUGUGAGAUUAUGCAAAGGGAAAUUAAUGAGAUGAAUGUUAAGGAUGAUAAGGUAGGUAGGAAAAACAUGGAUACCAAAUUAGCGUGUAAUCAAAAUAACACCGGACUGAGAAAAAAAUGCCAUGAAAUUAAUACCAAAGUUAAGAAAAAUAACAGGAAAUGUGAAAGUAACAUUAAUACUGAAAGUAACAUUAAUACUGAAAAGUUAACCGCAAAAGCAGCUGUUGCUCAGACUUCAGAAAAGAUAAAUCAAGUUAAUUGCCAAAUAAAUAAACAUUCCCAUGAAAUUGGCGAUAAAUUGAAUACUAAGGAUAUUCAAAAUACGUCAGCUAAUAAUGUAGAUAAAAGCUCCAUGGUAAUCAAUACAAACAGAUCUGUCUAUUCAACUGUGUUGCAAACAAAAGAACAGUCGUCCAAAGUACAGUCGUUGAUUUCAUCUGAAACUCCAAAGUUUAUUAGAAGUAAAACUUGCUUAAGCGACAAAAAUUUAUUUGCUUCAAACAAAAGAAAAUCUGGGACAUCUGUUAUUGUGGGAGGACGAUUUCAAAGUACUGAAAAUAAGUUAUCUGAACAAAACACUUUAAAGAAAGAUCAGAAUAAAGAUAUGAACGGAUCAGUAGAAGUUUUAACCAAGCAAACAGUAUCUUCAAAAUUAAAAGAUGAAAGUGAUGGCUGGCAAAUAGUAAGGAAUCGUUGUAGAAGAGGGAGCACUCAUAAUUUGAACAUGUCUACACGAUUUCAUAAACCAAGCACUGCACUAUCCUUACCAGCUUUAUCAAUAGAGAGUCCAUCAGAAAAGAUGAAGAAGACUAGUUACACUCCCGAUGGAAACAGCAAACAAAAGAAAAAAUGUAUUGUAGGAAAAACUGGCAAAAAUAUGAAUAACGAGGUUGAGAAGGUGAAAGGAGAAUUUAUAACACCUACGAUUAAAAGUAAUCUUGAAGAUACACAAAAAAACACAUUAGUUCUGUGUGAUACUAAUUCAACGUCAGUAAUCGCAGCUAUCUUUAAAAAUGAUGCUGAAUUACUUGAGAAACGCAUACAACAAUUUAUGGCCGCUCAAGCAGAACGAGAAAGAAUCAUCUUAGAAGAAGAGAGAAAGACGGAAGAAGCAGAUUCUCAAAGAUCUCAGCAAUUGUCGGACGAAGAAGCAUCCUUAAAACGGCAGAUUUUAGAAUUAGAAUCUACUGAAAUUGAUGUAGAUACAGAAACGGAUGAAACAGAUGGUGAAAUGGUUCUCGAAAUGGAAGAUGAACCUACAGUAUCGCUCAAUAUGGUUGCUGAUGAUAUCAGUUUAGAAGAUAGGUAUGAAAAUAUGUUGGAAGGAAUGUCUUGGGCAGAACGAGUUGAUACACUUGCGCAAUUGCGUGCAUUGGUGGCUCGCCAUCCCGGGCGUGCUUUGGAACUGCAUCAGAAACUUUCAUCUCCAUCGCGAAAGAGAUCGCUUCCUGAAACAUUAAGAAGGUAUCAAGUAAGACAAGCAUGUGCUCAGCAUAAACGUGAAAAGUUGCUUAUGGAGAAAUCGCAACGAUUGCGAGAACUAUUGAAUAAAGUGGAAGACGUCAAAAGUGCAAAAAGUCAAUUAAUAGAGGACAAGAGGAUUAGAAUGGAAAUGAAGCUUAAAAGAGCGGAGGAAAACAGGACGCAACAUUUGUUAGAAAUAGUAAGGAAAGCACAUGAUGAGGACUCGAAGUUGAAGGAAAUAGCUUUCAUCAAUGAGUUGGAGGCACAAAAUAAGAGACAUGAUUUUAUGGCAUUGUGUCAAGAACAAGAAGAAAGAUUGCAAGGUAUUCAAGAAGAACGUCAACGUCGUCAAGAAGAGAAAGCUGCCAAAGAAGCUGCAGCUGAAGAACGUCGAAGAGCUUUGGAAGCAGAAAGGCAGUUACGUAUACAAAAAAUGAAACAGGCACGACGAGAGCGCGAAGAAAGAGUAGGCAAAAUGCAGCUCGAAAGAGAAAAGGAACGACAGGAAUUAGCAAGGGAAAAGGCACGAGAUCGCGAAGAACGCUUGUCGGCACUUCACGCGGCUCAAUUGGCUAAUCAAGAAGAAUUACAGAAAAAAAUAGCGCAAAAGCAGCAAGAAUCCGCCAGGCGACAUGUAGAAAAUAUCGAGCAUAUUCGGCAACGUGCAGUUGAGUCUUCAAUUUUAAGAUCGGAAGAAGUAUCACCUACCCUCAAGUCGUAUCCCGCUCAAAAACAAUGUUCUCUAUGUGGUACGAUUAUAUCUAACGAAGUGCAUCUUCUAAGCCACUUAAAGGGAAAAACUCAUAUUGAAGCGGUACGAAAUGCGCAUGAUAAUCGCGAGCCGUCGCGAGAUGAACUUCAGCGUUUUAAUAUCGCACAAAUACGAGAUGUUCCUGUAACUGUAGUCAAUAAUAAUAAUGUGAACAACAGCAAGGCUGCAAAAGAGAAGCAAAAAGCGUUGAAACGACGAUGCAGAAAAAUAAAACAGCGCAUGAGCACACGUGGACAGGAAUGGGAGGAUAAAUAUAAAAGUGAGACUAAUCAGAAUUUAUCCAUCGAAUCAAUCAAUAAAGUCAAAUUCCGACGCAAUUUGAAAGAAUUAGAUAGAUUAUAUAAUAAUCAUUCUAAAUCAGCGUGGUCAAAUAUAGCGCUGGCUGCCUUGGAACGCUGCUUGGGGGAAUUUCGAGCCUUCUCCAAAUCGUGUCCACUCGAUCAAGAUGCUUUUAGGUGUUUAAAUGGAUUUGACACUUUAACAAAUUUAUUAAAUUUAGGUUUAAAUACACAAAAUGCAUCUUACAUUUUCCCGAAUAAAGCAAUCACAUUGCUAUGUCGAGUUUACAAAGCAGGGAUUAAUGGAAAUAUCGAGAAUAUAGAAGCUAUUUUAUUAAGCAAUAAAAUUCUUGUUAUUCUGGAUUUACUUUUACAACGUUUAGAGAUUCUGACUAGUCUCGACGACCACGCUCAGACUCAGGAUGUAUCCGCCAAUUCAACCGGAAAUGGUACGGUAGCCGCCAACGCGACGCAAUUGCUGUACAGCCUGAUCCCUGAAGAGCCCUUUGAGAAAAUAGCCUUGCAGACUCGUGUUCAAGAUAUUGCCGGAUAUCUGGUAGCCGGCGGUUUAGUGGAUCGCGUGUCACGUCACAGCCGGGCCUUGAUCGAGACGGAUUUUUUUCUGGAUCAGGAGCACGAGUCACCGUUACUGGUAUCGUCUUACGAUCUUCUCGCGCGUAUCUGCAGCCAUCUGAGGAGAUCCGUCAGAUCCGUCGAUCAAGAUAACGUCAGCGUGCACGGCGAGGGCGGCGGCAACAGCGUCGAGCAGACGAGCAACGAGUCACAUUUGUUGUCAACUUUGUCGACGAGCGAAGCCUCGGGCGCGAUCGGCACUCUUUACGCGACGAUCGCGUACACGCCGCAGAAUCAGAAGGGUGCUUCGCCGACCCCCCCCAAUCAGACGUUCACCACCGCCGUACGGACUCUAGCCAGUCGGGGUCUCAAGCUCCUCAAGUCGAUCGCGGAACUCGACCUCCGGAUAUUACAAAAUUUUUUGGGUGCUGAGGGUACGAGCCUACAGUGGCGACUGAUAGCGAGCCACCUGAUAACACGACUAUCCCGCGACUCUUUGUCGGACAAAUUAGAGAUGGGAUCCAUGCCAGAUACAAACAGUAUUCAGAUACUCUCGGAAUUGUUCAUGGUGCUUGGAUACUUCGCCCUCAAUAAUCCAAACAAUCAGCUGGUUCUCCAAUCGGCUGGCGCGGGUCCUAGCGUUCUCCAGCAAUUAUGUACUUUGCCAUUUCCAUUUUACGGAGAUCCCAAACUGAUACCAUACACGUUGCCAGCACUUUUGGCCGCCACUCAUCACAAUUCUGAGGCAAUGGCAAUAUUGUCUUGCGAGAUGUCGUACGAGUUGCUGGAGCAAUACAGAAAUUCGGACGAAGGUAAAUUAAAUCCUUUGGUGCGUUUGUUGAAGAAUAACGCCUAGUCGUUAAUCACGUUUCGUACGUUCCACUAAAGGUUUGAUUAGUUUAAUUUUGUUGUUUAGAUGCCUCUUGGGCAUCGUUAGGCGUUAUAGUCUGCGCGCGUCGAAAUCACUGAUGGAUCGCUAUAACAAAUAAUCGCUUUUCCAAACGAGAAAAGCUAAGAUGAGGGAUUGCGUUCACCUGUAUCUGAGUCGCCUGUAUCUAAUUGCAUAAUCAGAAAUUGAAUCUCGAUAAUAGUAAUUCUUUUUUAAACAAGUGUACAUACUCGUUCUUUCGACUCUUUGAAAAAUAAAAGUCAAUUUGAGGGUUAAAUUUACUGAAAAGUCACGCGAAUAAGACGAAGUAGAUGUUUCUAAUUUAGAUCAAUAUUUCCCGAAUCACAUUUCAAGUCGUUUAUUUGUAUAUCUGCGAUAUACUGACGGAACAGGCAUGAUAUUCUGUUUUACGUGCCAUUUUGCAUCUGCAGAAUGAGAGAGAUCUAGAAUCUUUGUAUUUUUUCAAAGCAUUUUUUUAUCGGUAUUGGGUUAUUUUAGUCCUGCCGUCCUAUAAAGUUAAAUAUAUUAUAGAAUUCUACAAGAUGCAAAAGUUGUUCAAAAAGUACCGAUUCAAGUAGUGAUAGUUAUAAUCAGAAUAAAAAGAACUCGCACACACGUGCUUGCAGAAUCCAGAAGAUAAAGUCGACGACUUUUGAAUAAUUAAUUUAUGAGUAAACUGUUGCUUCGUUGAACGUAACUGUAAGUGGAAUAAUUUAUUUUCAUACAUUGGUAGCGAUUUACGGUCGAAAUUAUUUGUCGCCUUGGUAAACGAAUGACGACGGUAAACGUCACGAUGAUCUUUCCCCGGUACUUUAGGCUAGACUAAGUAGAUACUCGACCGAAGUUAUCGCGAGGCAUCCGUGAGUUAUUAUUCCGAAUAAUGUAAUAUAUUUUUACGUGCGUCUGGUAAACGAAAAUGCCGGAUUUUCUUGAAUUUUAAUUUCCUUCCAACGUGAAGGAAAGCGAGUCGAGCGGACAUCAUUGUUCUAAAUUUUCGAGAAUCGCUUCGUAAAAUAGAUCCAAACUUGAUCGAAUUUCGAGAGAUCUAACAAGGACAUGGGAGUUGUUGUAAAAAGGAUACGCGAAACGCGCGCACUAUCCGUGAAUCUAGUCCUUUUAACGUUAGCAAAUCUUUAUAUUUGCGAUCAAUGCUGUGUAUCUCUAU